GGACUACCGAAGAGCGGAAAAAAUGCACAAUAAAGGCCCGGCCCCGCAGUUGCACGACGGCAGCAACCUGCGCAUCGGCAUCGUCCAUGCGCGGUGGAACGACACCAUCAUCGACCCCUUGCUCGCGGGCGCAAAGGCCAAGCUGCUAGAGUGCGGCGUCAAGGAGUCAAAUAUCGUGGUGCAGACGGUCCCCGGGUCAUGGGAGCUCCCAAUUGCAGUUCAACGCCUUUAUGCCGCCUCCCAAGUCCAAUCCUCCAUAUCCUCAUCGAGCGCCUUCGGCGCCGGCUCCGCAGGGGACCUGCUCGGCGGCUCAACGACAGACCUGUCGUCCCUUCCCGCCACUACAAGCACCACAACAGGUUCAACCGAACCGUUCGACGCGAUCAUCGCCAUCGGUGUACUGAUCAAAGGCGAGACGAUGCACUUCGAGUACAUAGCCGAGAGCGUGUCGCACGGCCUGAUGCGCCUGUCCCUCGACACAGGCGUUCCCGUCAUCUUUGGUGUUCUGACCGUCUUGAACGAUGAGCAGGCCAAGGCGAGGGCGGGCCUCAUAGAAGGGAGCCACAACCAUGGAGAGGACUGGGGGCUUGCGGCCGUCGAGAUGGGAGUGAAGCGCAAGGCCUGGGCAGCCGGCAAGAUUGAGUAG